AUGGAUCUGGCGGGCUACCAGGCGCUGGUUUGGUCGCUGUCGGGCGUGCUGCUGGCCUUCUUCGCCGGCUUUGCCAUCAUCUACACCUACAUCCGCCACAAGCGGCAGCAGGACAAGAUCCAUUUCGACCAGGAGGAGUUCAUCACCGCGCGGCGACAGGUCUCCACCGUGCGCAUCGGCUGGUCCUUCUUUGCCGGAGCGCUGGGCGCCUGGGUCAUCUCCUCCCCGCCCGCCUACACCGGCUCGGGCUACAACUACGGCGCCGGCGGCAUCGGCCUCGCCUUCUACUCCCUCUCCUCCGGCCUGCCCGUCAUCAUGAUCGCGUUCGCUGGGGAGGUCAUCCGGCGCAAGGUGCCCCACGUGCUGAGCCUGACCGACUUCAUGGGGUGGCGGUACGGCUACGUGGCCAAGACGUACGUCGUACUGCUCUGCAUAUUCAACAUGUCCAUCGACGGCUCCAGCGACGCGGGCAAGGAGCUGGGCGGCGAGGGCCAGUUUGGGGCCAAGCGCACCUCGGACGACGAGCUGGCGGCAGCUGGUCAGGCCAAGGUUGUGAUCGAGGAGGUGACGGAGGUCUGA